AUGACUACUAAAAAAACGAACAAUCAAACUGGGUCUCCUAACAACAAUAAUGACAAUAAUCAGAAUGGUGAUGAUCAUAUAUCUGUUGAUAUUCCCGAAGGUGGUAUUACAACUAUUACAGUGGAAGAACUGUAUGAUAAAGAAAAAUAUGAUUUAUCAAUAAUGGAACAACACGACAUUUUUAAAUUACUUGAUGAUGGACUUACAAGUGAAGAAGCUGAAGAACGACUUGAAAAAUUUGGCCGUAAUAGACUAGAAAAUAAAGAAAAAAAUCCAGUUAUUCAGUUUCUUUUAUUCAUGUGGAAUCCAUUGUCUUGGGUAAUGGAAGCAGCAGCCAUUGUUGCAAUUGUAUUGAGUAAUGGCGAAGGAAAACCGCCUGAUUGGCCAGAUUUUGUUGGUAUCACUCUUCUUUUACUGGCUAAUUCAGUAAUUGGUUUUAUCGAACAACGAAAGGCAGGAAAUGCUGUUAAAGAACUGAUGAAAUCAUUAGCACCAGAAGCCAACGUUAUGCCCGAACAUCAACGUAACCACUUCUCAACACCAGUCAUAAUAUCUGUAUUAACCAAGGCGAUAAAAGAAGCCCCGAAAUUUUCUGGUACAAACCAUGAUGAUGUUCAACACUGGCUGUUAGAAAUAGCGGAAACAUUCGACAUCAUUAAUCUGAAUUCAUUACAUAGACUUCAACUAAUACCCCUAUAUCUUGAUGGCGAAGCGAAGAAUUGGUGGCGAUUAAACAAAGAUAGCAUUCAGUCAUGGCCGGAAUUUAUGGACAGAAUCUCCAAUGUGUUUAGAAGCUCUGAUCAACACUCACUUUCAUUUCACAAACAGAAUAAUUAUAUACAACGAUCCGACGAAUCUGUGAUUGAAUACUAUAACACGAUGAUCAAAUUAUGUAAUCAAACUGAACCGAAUAUGACUGAUACUNAGUCAUUGCAAAAAGACGUUUUUCGUCGUCAUCCAUCAACGGCAUCCCAAUUCUUUCAAGUAGCACAAGAAGAAGAAUCAUUACAAACUAUUGUUCGUACCCAGGCAACAUUAACUGCUUCGGUUUUCAUCGAUUCCCUCCAGUCCAAAGCUGAGCCAGAAACGUCUGUAUCAUCUGUUCAAUGUUCACCUCAAAAACCAAGUGCUCGUCCAGUACCAUAUCAUCAGAAUUCGUCUGCUACAAAAAGUUACAAUCCUCAUGGUGCACCUACUAAUCGAACACAUGCCCCAAAGAAAGCAUCUCCACGCUGUUUUGAAUGUGGUAAAGCCGGACAUUUCAUCCGCACUUGUAUUCAACAUCCUCCAAAAAGAGCCUGUUAUCGCACAAAUCCUUCGUUGAUAUACAUCGGUGUGUUUGUCAAUGGGAAAAGAAUCCGAGCCCUU